AUGUUGUCAACUGAUCCAGCAGUGAGCAUUCCGGACUUUUCUUCUUCCAAUAGAAACCCUGAACAGUAUGAGCUCAGCAGGUACCUUCCCCCUUAUCGAUCGUUAUUGAACCCGAACCGAACUUUUGACUAUCGUAGUCACAAGUAUGUGGAGGGGUCCGUGGAAUUUAAGUUCAGCAGUCUUUUUGCUAGAAAGAAGAAGCCCGAAUCGAAUAUCAAGAUGAAGUACCGGUCGCUGCUGACCCCGUUAUCGAAUACGAGGAAGCGUAUCAUGGAUGCGGCUUCUGACACCCUGUCAGUGAAAUCUCUGAGGUCUUCGCUUUCCGUUGCCAGCUUGAGGAAGUCUCCCAACCUGAGUGCCCAGCAUCUGAUGGAUCUUCCGGAUGAGAUUCUGACAGCGAUUGUCUCGUAUCUCAGAGACGACCAGAAAUCGCUGGUAUAUCUGCUCUAUGUGAACAAGCGGCUGAAUAUGAGUGUCAAGCCUGUGCUCUACGAAAACCCGUACGUCUCCUCCACGUACAGGCUAGCUCAGCUGGUCCACACUAUCAAUAAUAGCAAAGAACUGGCCCUCAUGGUCAAGACCAUUGACCUGUCGACAAUAAAUCCUGGCUUAGAGUUGGAGGAAUAUGCGUUCCGGUUGUAUGACAUAUUCGCAGAGCAGGGUGACAAUACAAUGCCUAUUGCCUCCAGCAGCAAAGACAUACUUGCUGGCUGGAGAGACUGGAGAUAUAGAAACCACCCAUUGUACGGGCUGCAGCGCACCCUCACGGGACAGGCUCACCGCUCAUCGCGGAGCUCUCGACCGGAGAUGAAAGAUCGCAAAAUGUCAGCUUCUUCGAAUUCGACCACAGGCUCUCUAUUCUCCAACAACGACGAUUCCGAAACAGAUUCGUCGCGCACACUGUCCGCUUCCCCAAUCAGAACCAAAAGGAAAAAGCAAACUUUCAGGAACUCUUUGAAGCAAGUCUUCAAGAGUACGUCCUCGGCAACAGUCACAAACUUCGAUAUUUCAGACAUGUACAGCGACCUCAAACUGACAAAAUCUACAACUCCCAAGUUCCCUCCUAAAGUCAGUGACCUUGACUUCCUGACGCAGCCCGAUCCUCUGGUUGUUGGCAAGAGCACACAACCAUACUCGACGCCUCAUCCGCUUCAGAACAGAUUUUUGAGCCAGUAUUGCUACUCCAAAGAUAUCCCAAUUGGAUACUUGUUGCACAUUUUUCAGGAAUGUGAGAAUCUCGUUCACGUGGACCUCACGGGUGUCUCCUGCAGUAAUGACUUCGAGAUGAAAGAUUACGAAUACUUCAAUUGGCAGACGUCCAAAGGCAAAAUCAGGCAACUGCCUGUAAUUGGCUACCGUUCUUUGUUGCUCGACACGGAGGAAGAUGAGCGCAAGAGGAAAGAAGAAAGUGCCAUGUUAUCUCGAUUCAAGACAGAAAAGCCAAUAUUCUGGUCCGACACGCAGCGUGAGAUAGACUGGGAGAACACGGACUGUGUGCAGCUUGAAUUUGACGAUAUCUGGAAACAACUGAAUAAGCUGAAGAAUUUGCGUACUAUCAAACUUCGUUCUAUCUGCUGGCUUGAGAAGUCUGUGAUCAGGAAAAUGGUGACUGAUUCGCAAUCCAUAACCCACUUGGAGUACAUCGAUUGUACUGAUUCUGGAAUGAGAAAAUCGUUAGAGUGGGCCAAACGGCGGACUGUCAAACAGUGGAAACGUUUCUUUCGUUACGAGGAUGCGCCUCGUGCACCCCAGGUAGCGAGCCGGGGCUACAGUUUCGAGAAUAUUGGCCACGAGUAUUACUGA